GUCGCCUAAGAAUAUAUCGACUCGUCUCUAAGAGCAUCAACUAACCCCUUUCCCCUUUUUUUUAUUCGCAUCCCUGUACAAGACCGGAAGCAUGUCCAUGAACUAGCUAGCUCCCUCUUCGAAGUCUUACCUCGAAGCUAUUACUGCCAUGGCCUCACGAUUCCCUCGCUCAACGCUUCACCAACGCGAUCCUCGUGCCGCCUCUUCUUUAUUCGAAUCCUACACCGGCGAUUCACGGCCGACCAGCCGAUCGCCUGCUCGUGUUGGGGGGUACGGAGGGUAUCCUGGGUCAGGAAGUGAUGGAUACGUAAAUGGUAGAGGUACAGGCGCUGGGUACAGAACUGCUACGCCUAAUUCGAAAGGACAAUAUUCGGAUGCCGUUCUAUCUUCUCUUGAGUCCCAGAAUGAUGCUGAGGUCGAAGGGAUUUCAGCGAAAGUUCGAGCAUUAAAAGAGAUUACCCUUGCUAUUGGAGAUGAAAUCAGAGACUCCACAAGACUGGCAGAAGGACUGAAUGAUACCUUCGACAACACUCGUGUGCGUGUGCGCGGCACCAUGAACCGCAUGCUUCGCAUGGCCGAACGCACGGGCGUUGGCUGGCGAGUAUGGCUGGGCUUCUUUACUGCUGUCUUCUUCCUCUUCGUAUAUGUGUGGUUGAGUUGAGAGAGAGAGAGAGAGAGAGAGAGAGAGAGAGAGAGAGAGAGAAAGAGAGAGAGGAAGGUUACCUCUUUGUUUUGCAACUCCAAACUUGGGCACGAUGAUCCCCAUGCUGCCUUCCGUCUUUAUACCUCUCCUACUGGGCUACUUGUCUCAUUCAAGAGAGUCGGUUUAACCUACUCUAGUCAUGCCUUAUGACACUACGAAGGUCACACUACUACCUCACUACUAAUAAUCCUUGGCGCUGUAUCAAUAAUCCAUCGGCACAUGUCUUUCUACAGCGCAGUUCUCGGGGUUGCGGUGUUUGCUUGCUUGCUUGCUUUACUGGUCUUGGUUCUCUUUUCAUUGGGUUCAUUUCCUGAAAAAUGGGCACUCGGGUAUGAGACCUGAGCUCUGCAUGCUUACAAUGGAUGAGAAGUAUGGGUAUAGAAUUGAUGUUUCGUCUCUUCUGCCUAUAUACUACAUAGAUACUUUAUAAUUGCAUACCUGUUACAGAAUUGUCCCUUGUAUAUUGUGUUAUAACACGAU